ACCUAAACAAAUUCAUACGCAUCUAGCCUCGAACUUGGCCAUUCAAGUCUAAACAAACUACCUAAAAUAUAAUCUAUUAGUGGAUUCUCAUACAAUACUAACUUGAUCAACCAACUUACUAGUUAUUGAAACUCCACAAAGUAAACUGUGCUUCCAAGAGCUAAUCGAGGAGGUUGUAAAGUCAUUCCCUUAAGAGCUUCUAAGCAAGCUCUAGCAAGCUCUAGCAUCCUAAUUUAAUACUUAAUACCACCCUACUAGCAGCCUUGUUCUUCAUUGAACAAAAUCAACCAUGAACGCUACUAAGAGGAAGUUUAAUGCCUUAUUACAAGGAAUCGGCGCGAAGCCAAUCCCUCAGUCGCCAUCAACAGAAGCGCAAAACGAUACUUCAAAUUCGCCUCUGAAUCGACCCUCGACCCCAAACUCGAGUUCACUACCCGACAACGCCUUGACCCCGAAUAAAGAGAUGCCUUCCGGAAGCGUACCCUCGACCCCCAGCGAUCUCCUGAAGCGCCGGCGUGUCCUAGAGUCUACUCCAGGGAACGAAAAACCAAGCGGGACUAUUAUUUCAAAUGUCGUACUGAAGAAAUGGGCGCCAAAUGGCAGCGCUAUUUCUCCAGCCAAAGGAACAAAGACCGAAGCACCAAAGUAUUGCCCUAGCGAUCGCAACGAGUUGAUCAGACGACUUGGAACAUUUCAAGAACUAACAGAAUGGACUCCGAAGCCGGAUAAAGUCAACGAGAUCGAAUGGGCCAAGAGAGGUUGGGUCUGCAAUGGAAAGGAGCGUGUGAGUUGUACGUUAUGCCACAAAGAGUUGGUAGUCAAGAUGAAUAAAACAGAGGUGGAUGGUAAGGAGGUUCAGAUCAUGGUCGGCUCGGACAUCGAGGAGGGCUUGGUGAAGAGAUUUGUCGAAUUGAUCAUCGAUGCGCACCAAGAAGAUUGCCUAUGGAGAAGACGCGGAUGCGAUGAUACUUUGCUCAGACUUUCCCUGACGAGUCCUCCAACUGCGCUAGCCUCCCUUCGCCAACGAUACGAUGAGCUUUGCGCGCGACAAUAUUUUCUUCCAUAUCUCUUCAACCUCCGCUUGCCGGCAAACUUGGAUCUACAAGCCGCCAAGUCACAAUUAACCCCAACCUUCUUUAGCGAUCCUCCGCCACCAAGCACAAAUCCAUCAGCUCCAAAUGAUGUAGCCCUCGCCCUUGCUCUUGCAGGCUGGCAGGGCCUCACAAACCCACGUGUUGGUGCGGUGCCUAAUUCGGCAACUUGUGCUACGUGCCUACGCCGCUUAGGGUUGUGGAUGUUCAAGAGCAAAGAGGUAGACGAAGAAACAAAGCAGAUUCUCGUUCCGGCGCCCAUGGAUUACCUUGAUCCUAUACGUGAGCACCGGUUUUUCUGUCCCUGGCGAAAUGCCGCGGUUCAGCACAACCCUGGUGCAAAGAAGGUAGACAACAAAACCGCCUGGGAGGUGCUCGCGCAAACGAUUAAAAAUAACUCUUACCUUCGCGCGCAGGCGGAGAAGAGCAAUCAGCGCUCUUUUUUCCAUCGCUCCUCGGCAUCUGUUCCAACAACGCCGGUGAAAGGAGGGCAGGCAGGAGAUGGACGCUCGCUCAUGCUAGGAUCGGAUGAUGAAGAGGAUAUUAGUGCCAGAGAUGUGAAGGACAAGGAAAGAUGGGCGCGUUUGAGGAAAGUGAAAAACCUAUUCGACACAAAGAACGGAGCAAAAUUACGACGUUCGUUAUCCCGGCCAGCAACUGCUACGAGUCGCCCGGCUACCGCGCAUUCGAGGCAGGGCAGCAUCCCGCCUGAAACAGCGGGAGAGAAGAAAUAAGGAGACUUGUCACCGCGGGUUAGAUUUUGUCAGGGCGUUUAUACUAAUGGAUUUGGUCUAGUAAAUUUUUUUAGCAAGAUACCCAACUUACUCACGUCAUCUUUGUUUAAUGUAACUAUUCGAUAAUAAUAUCAAUUCGAAAUACUGGUGUAUCUCAUCAGCGGU